UCCACCCUCUAUAUAUAUAUAUAUGCCACGCGCCGAAGUACAGCGUACAUAAUUACCACACAACAAUAAUCCCCAUUACACUGUACUUACCUAGCUCUGACCAAAAACCCACUGCCAUUUAUGGUUUCUAACUCCACCACCACCACCAAGCCCGCCGCCAACGGCGGCGAUGCGGCGGCGGGGGCCGCCGACGAGAGAUGCUCCGUGGAGGAGGUGGCGCUGGUGGUGCCGGAAACCGACGACCCGACUCUCCCCGUGAUGACAUUCCGUGCAUGGGUUUUGGGGCUCGUGUCAUGCACGAUUUUGAUUUUCCUCAACACUUUUUUCAUCUACAGAACGCAGCCGCUCUCCAUCUCCGCCAUUCUUAUGCAGAUAGCGGUGCUGCCGGUGGGGAGGUUCAUGGCGGCGACUCUUCCGACGAAGGAGUACGCUCUGUUCGGGCGGUGGAGGUUCAGCCUCAACCCGGGCCCGUUCAACAUAAAGGAGCACGUGAUUAUCACGGUGAUGGCUAACUGCGGGGUUUCGGUUGGCGGCGGCGACGCUUACUCCAUUGGUGCAAUUACUGUGAUGAAGGCGUACUAUAAGCAGAGCUUGAAUUUCCUCUGCGCCCUUUUAAUUGUCUUGACCACUCAGAUACUGGGAUAUGGAUGGGCUGGUAUGUUGCGAAAGUACUUGGUCGAUCCGGUUGAGAUGUGGUGGCCUUCGAAUCUCGCUCAAGUUUCCUUAUUUAGGGCACUGCAUGAAAAGGAAACAAAGGCACAAGGCAUAACAAGAAUGAAAUUCUUCCUAAUCUGCAUGACAGCAAGUUUCAUUUACUACCUAUUCCCCGGUUACCUUUUCCAGAUUCUCACCUUCUUCUCAUGGGUGUGUUGGGCCUGGCCCCACAGCAUCACCGCCCAGCAAAUCGGCUCCGGCUACCACGGCCUCGGCGUGGGCGCGUUCACACUCGACUGGGCGGGCAUCUCCGCCUACCACGGCAGCCCGUUGGUCACACCCUUCUACUCCAUUCUCAACGUCAUGGUCGGUUUCAUCAUGUUUAUUUACAUAAUCGUCCCUAUCUGCUACUGGAAGUUCAACACCUUCGACGCGCACAAAUUCCCCAUAUUCUCGAACCAGCUCUUCACUUCCGCAGGCCACAAAUACGACACCACUAAAAUCUUGACCCCACAGUAUGACCUCAACAUAUCUGCAUACGAAUCGUACAGCAAGCUUUACCUAAGCCCGCUCUUUGCACUUUCGAUUGGAUCGGGUUUCGCAAGAUUCACAGCCACGCUCACUCACGUGGCUCUGUUUCAUGGCGGUGAUAUAUGGAAGCAGAGUAAAGCGGCUGUGAAGAACGCGAAAUUGGACGUGCACGCGAGGCUGAUGAAGAGCUACAGCCAAGUGCCUCAGUGGUGGUACCUGGUUUUGCUCGGGGGCAGUAUCGUCUUUUCACUGAUGAUGUCGUUUGUGUGGAAGAAAGACGUGCAGCUACCCUGGUGGGGGAUGCUUUUCGCCUUUGCUUUGGCUUGGAUCGUCACUCUCCCUAUCGGAGUUAUUCAAGCUACAACCAAUCAGCAACCUGGAUACGACAUAAUUGCGCAGUUCAUUAUAGGGUAUAUACUUCCAGGAAAACCAAUUGCGAAUCUUCUUUUCAAGAUUUACGGGCGAAUAAGCACAAUCCACGCACUUUCUUUCCUAGCGGAUCUCAAACUCGGACACUACAUGAAAAUCCCACCGAAAUGCAUGUUCACAGCUCAGCUCGUAGGGACGUUUGUGUCUGGUACAGUCAACCUCGCAGUAGCAUGGUGGAUGCUCGGAAGUAUUGAGAACAUAUGCGAUGUGGAGGCAUUACAUCCUGAGAGUCCAUGGACUUGCCCUAAAUUCCGAGUUACAUUCGAUGCUUCUGUGAUAUGGGGUUUGAUUGGGCCCGAAAGGCUGUUCGGGCCCGGUGGGAUGUACCGGAACCUUGUAUGGCUGUUCCUAAUCGGAGCUUUCUUGCCGGUUCCUGUUUGGGUACUGAGCAAAAUCUACCCGGAGAAGAAGUGGAUUCCGUUGAUCAAUAUUCCUGUCAUCUCUUACGGAUUCGCCGGAAUGCCUCCGGCGACCCCCACGAACAUCGCCAGCUGGAUUAUUACAGGAACCGUGUUCAACUACUUUGUGUUUAAAUAUCGUAAAACGUGGUGGCAGAGGUACAAUUAUGUUCUGUCGGCCGCGUUGGAUGCUGGAACGGCUUUUAUGGGGGUCCUGUUGUUCUUUGCUCUGCAGAACGAGGGCGUAAACGUAAAAUGGUGGGGUUCGCAGCCUGAUCACUGCCCUUUGGCUUCUUGCCCUACUGCGCCUGGGAUUGUUGUACAAGGUUGUCCUGUUUUCAGUUGAAAACUGAGGUUUCGUGUUUUGUAACAUUCGUGUACUAGAAAAUGUAAUAGCCCGAUUACACUUUUCGAGUUAAAACCAAAAGCUUUGGCCUUUGGAUUGUUGUAAAUCCUUUGAUAACACGGUAAUGCUAAAGCGACUCGCAGUUCCAGAUUCUUGCU